AUGACCAAAGCCGCCUCCCAGAAGAAAUCAUCUUCGUGGAAUUUUGACAAAGAGGAAUUGUUUUUCAAGAGACAUCAUUUGUUUUCUGAUACAGGCAAGAAAGUGCUCAUUGUCUAUGCUCACCAAGAACCCAGGUCUAUCAACGGCUCCUUGAAGAAAGUGGCAAUGGAGGAGCUCAGCAGACAGGGCUGCACCAUCACCGUGUCAGACCUGUACGCCAUGGACUUCGAGCCGCGGGCCACCAAGAAAGAUGUCAUCGGUGCUCCCUCUAAUCCCGAGUUCUUCAACUAUGGGGUGGAAGUAUAUGAAGCCUUUAAGAAGAGGUCUCUGGCCAGUGACAUAACUGACGAACAGAAAAAGGUUCAGGAAGCUGAUCUAGUGAUAUUUCAGUUCCCGCUGUACUGGUUCGGCAUGCCGGCUAUCCUGAAGGGCUGGAUGGACAGGGUACUGUGUCAGGGCUUUGCCUUUGACAUCCCAGGAUUCUACGAUUCCGGUUUUCUCAAGAGUAAAUUGGCCCUCCUCUCGUUAACCACGGGGGGCACAGCCGAGAUGUACACAAGAACCGGAGUCAGCGGAGAUUUCCGAUACUUCCUGUGGCCCCUCCAGCAUGGGGCACUGCACUUUUGUGGAUUUAAAAUCCUCGCCCCGCAGAUCAGUUUUGCUCCCGAGAUUGCGUCAGAAGAGGAGAGGAAGGCCAUGGUGGCGUCCUGGGCCCAGCGGCUGAAAACCAUCUGGGAGGAAGAGCCCAUCGACUGCACGCCUCCUUGGUACUUCGGGCAGUGACGCUUCGCGCCUCAUCCACGGCACGGGCACUGCCUGCACCUGUGAAGAGAUGAUCCCGUAAUAAAAGGAAAUUACAACAGAG